UUGAAAUGUAAUUUUGUUACUUUCAUUUAUUAAAAAAAAAUUAGCUACAGAAAAGUGUUAACACUAAACAGAGCUUCAUAAGAUUUUCAAUCCGGUUGUUGAGGCUGCUCUUACCAACUUUUUGAAUGUCAUUUGAAGAACCCAUUCCCGCCAAUCCAACAACAAGCUCUAGAGCUCUGCAACAACACCUCUACUCUUUCUUGCAGAACUCCAACUCCUUAAAAAAGCUUUCCCAAAUUCAUACCCAGAUAAUCAUUAACGGCUUUACCCACACAAAUUUUAUUCUUGUUAAGUUAUUAUCUUCAUACAUCACUUCUGGUUGUCUACGACACGCUCACCGAGUUUUCGAACGAGUCAAAAACCCUAGUACUCCUGUUUGGAACCAAAUGAUAAGAGGCCAUGCCCGGAGCGAAACACCACAUAAAUCAAUUGAGCUCUACAAUCAAAUGGAAGUGACCGAUGUUGUGCCAAAUGGGUUCACGUUUUCUUUUGUGAUCAAUGCUUGUGCGCGAAAAGGGAUGUUGAGAGAGGGCCAACAAUUGCACGGAAGAGUUUUCUCAAAUGGGUUUUGCUCCAAUGUGUUUGUUUGGAGUAAUUUGGUUAAUUUGUAUGCAAUGGUUGAAGAGGAUGGUGGUGUUGGGAGUGCACGCCGUGUGUUUGAUGAAAUGGCUGAGAGAAAUGUUGUGACAUGGAAUUCGUUGCUUUCGGGGUAUCUUAGGUGUGGGGACAUUGAUGGGGCACGUAGAGUUUUCGAUGAGAUGCCAGAGAGGAAUGUGGUCUCGUGGACAACAAUGAUUGCCGGUUGUGCUCAUAAUGGGAGGUGUAAGCAAGCACUAUCUAUGUUUCACCAGAUGCAGAGAGCUCGGAUAGAGUUGGACCAGGUUGCACUGGUGGCGGCAUUAUCAGCGUGUGCCGAAUUAGGAGACUUGAAAAUGGGGAGGUGGAUCCACUCAUACAUUGAUGAGACGUUGAGCUUUAGAAACCAACCACUACUGGUGUCAUUGAACAAUGCACUCAUACACAUGUAUGCCAGUUGUGGUAUGAUUGAGGAAGCUUAUAAAGUAUUCAAAGAGAUGCCAAGGAAAAGCACAGUUUCUUGGACAAGUAUGAUCACAGGUUUUGCAAAACAGGGCCGUGGAGAAGAAGCUCUUCAUGUCUUUCAAUGGAUGCAAACUUCAGAAGCGAAUGAAGCCAGACCUGAUUAUAUAACGUUUAUUGGAGUUUUGUAUGCCUGUAGCCAUGCUGGACUUGUCGAUCUGGGACGCCACCUUUUCAAGUGCAUGAAUCGAAAUUGGGGCAUUGAGCCGAGGAUUGAGCACUACGGUUGCAUGGUUGAUCUACUAAGCCGUGCUGGUUUCUUAAAUGAAGCACAUGAGCUUGUUGAGACUAUGCCCAUGAAGCCGAAUGAUGCGGUAUGGGUGGCACUCCUUGGUGGUUGUAGGAUUCACAAGAAUGUGGACCUUGCCACCAUUGUAACCCAAAAGUUAAUUCUAGAGGUUCACCCUGACCAAGCUGCUGGCUAUCUUGUGCUCUUGUCAAAUGUGUAUGCUACUGCUAAAAGAUGGCGUGAUGUUAUGAUUGUAAGACAGAUGUUGGUUGGGAUGGGUGUGAAAAAGCCUCCUGGCCGAAGUUGGGUCCAAAUUGAUGGAAUCAUUUAUGAUUUUAUGGCUGGCGACAGGACCCACAGACAAGCAUCUUCAAUCUAUGAGAUGCUCGAGGGGAUCGCAAUGCAAGCAAAAUGGGAGGGCCACAGGCCAGAUAUGUCAGAGCUGCUUCCGGACAAUGAGCAAAAGAAGACAAUUAGUUAGAAAAAGGUGACUCUUUGCUUCUAGCUCAAACUGCAUCCCAGAACACUGGCAUUUAGUGGAUUUGCAGGGGAUCUUUGGGUCACAUCUCUUUCAAUCUUCAGGAUUUAUAUCAACGUUUUCAGCUAUGGUAUGAGGCAUUUACCCUUUCUCACUGUUCAAAAUACCAUUUUUGUGCAAUAGAACAUAUGAUAUUUUCUUAAAAUCCUCGCGGCUUGUAUCCCCUUUCUUUCGUACCCUUUCAAUCUAAUGAUCUAUACAAGAAUCCUGAAGGUGGUAAAGAGCCACUUCCAGUUUUUGAUAGGUUAGUUAAUUAUUAUUUUUUGUAUCACGUAUAUAAGAAUUGCCAUUGCACAUCAACAAAUAGAAUUAUCAUUUCUAUUGAGAUAGGAGCAUAUUAAAUGAGUGUACUUUGUUGCAUGCACAUGAUUACAUGUGAUCAUAUUAGGAUUUCAUAAUAUGAAUUAUUACUAUUAUCUGUCUUGAUGGGUCUGUGCUUUGAGGAGUUUUGUUUGGAGGAUGAACGAACUCCAUCUUUUGUCAAUGAAUAUCUGUAGCCAUAGUUCAUACAUGCCCCGACAAUUUUUCAGUUAUUCCUAAUCACUGUCGAUGCCCAUUUUCCUUGGCAACUUGCAGUUCCUGUCCCUUAAUAAUUAGAAAGUAGAAA